UCACCUAUUCUGUGGUUCUGUGUAAAAUAAAUAACCUCAAAUUUACUUUUAUUUACAAAAAUAAAUUAUGUUUUAACCGAACUCUAACUGUAUUAUAGAGCAGAAUCACAUUAAAUUGUAUUUCUUGUACUACAAGAACCAUACAAAAUGUUCGGCUUAAGAAUAUUAAAAACUGCAAGACUUAGUUCUCUUCUACAACCCAAGUGGGUUAAGCCAGAUGCCACUGUACAGGCUACAACACAGCUCCGACUGAAGAGUGAUCUACAUGAACCGGACUACCUAAUUAGUAUGGAACCAGAUGAGCCAGUGCAUGACUGCCUGAAUCUUCAACUAAAGGGCUACGACUACACACUCCUGGAGGCUUGUCAGAGUCAAAUACACAGAUAUUGUGAAGUCAUGGGCCUAACUGUUGAUGAAUGUUGGGCGACGCCGGCGCAGCAGCUGAAGGUGCAGCGCUACAAGCCGCGCGGCACCGUCGUGGACGCCGAGUACCACCUCCACGUCUACGAGAGGAAUGUGCAGGUAUCCGACGUCCCCGCCUGGGCUCUAGGCACCCUCAUCCGGCUAGCACGCGCGUCCCUGCCCGAGGGCUGCGCGCUCAGCGUGCACGACCACGCCGUGGAGCACGAGGAGGUGCGCUACGUGCCCGACAACCAGCUGAUCGACCUCAAGCAGCAGCUCGAGGACAUGGGCGGCGCUAGGCCCGACAAGAAGAAGAGGAAGUGAUGGGGGUAGUGAGAGUUGUGGUGUUAGGAUAGUGUGUACAGAUUGAAUUAAAGCUUUAGUUGUU